UUAUCUUGCUGGUCGGACGUGUUUUUUUGGUCGCUCCCGCUCGAAACUUUUUGCCCCCCGUUUUGGCCAAUGUGUGAGCGCGUGUGUGUUAGUGUGCUGCUUGCAGUUCAAAAGGGCAGCAACAACAACAAAGAGAGCGCACCUCUCUUUUAAGCCAAGUCUUUUACGCGAUUGUGUGUGUGUGGCUUAGAAUCGUGGCCUGGGAAGAAAUGGCGAAUUAGUUGGCUCAAAGCGGAAUCUCUGUGCUCAAUAUUUAAAUUCAGGCUAGAAAGUGUCGCGUGCGAAAGUGUGCAAAUAAAUACAACUAGCGAAAAAAGAAAAAUAAAACUUAAUACAAAAAAAAACCUGUUCUAAGCCAAGUGCCGAUUGCGUGUGUGUGAGUGAUUGUAUGAAGAGUAAAGCAGAGAAAGAGAGAAAAGGGAGAAUGCAAUUAACAACAACGAGCUCAAUGAGUUUCGUCUAAAUAGAUAAAUAGUUAACCAAAAUCAAGCCAAACGAAACCCUUUCCAAUACGAAAACACGAUUUAAGCCAACAAAUCAACGAUCAUGGCUAUAAUCGCGAAUGCGUCACCGCAACAAAAUCAUCGGCAAACAUCAACAGCAGCAGCAGCAACAACAAUAGCAGCGGCGUCAGCAGAAACAACAACAACAGCAAGAAGUCGAGACCGCACGAAAAGCGCAGCUCAAAUUACGUCGCAUUUGCUCAAGCGCGCCAUUUCAGUUUAUUCGUCGCCUCAAUGGAUACCGCUCUUCAUACUUAUUUACUUAGCAACAGAUGUCGCCUCAGUGGCGGUGCCGACGAAGGAGGCGUACUUUAAUGGCUCCACUUACCUCCGCCUGACCACGCCGAUGCCCAUUUGGGACCACUCGGCGAUUAGUUUCCGCUCGUGCCGCGGCGGUGAGAUACUCGCCCAGCAGUACAACAAGAACUCCAUCGUAAUCUCAGUGCUCAACGACUUUCUGCAAAUAUCCCUGGCGGGACCGGCAGUUCAUGGGCCCAACAACCGUCUGGAUGUGAAGUUACCCUACCAACUGCUGGACAACCGUUGGCAUACGUUGCAGUUCAAGUACGAGUACGGAAAUCUCUACCUGCAUGUGGAUCGUGCGGCAAGCAUAUUUGCCAACUCCACGUACAACAGUCAGUUCCUGACGAACCAAGACAUUGGCUACAAAGAUGCCAUCUUGAUACUGGGGAACUCCUUCUCCGGCUGCCUUCUGGAUGGACCAGGUCUGCAGUUUGUGAACAACUCCACAGUGCAGAAUGUUGUCUUUGGAGUCUGCCCACUGACGCCAGGUCCCUGCAGCGAUCACGAUCUUUUUACCCGUUUGCCGGAUAACUUCUGUCUGACUGAUCCCUGCAUGGGCCAUGGAACCUGCUCGUCUAGCCCUGAAGGAUACGAAUGUCGGUGUACGGCCCGUUACACGGGAAAGAAUUGCCAGAAGGACAAUGGUUCACCCUGUGCCAAGAACCCCUGUGAAAACGGUGGCUCUUGCUUAGAGAACUCCCGUGGCGAUUACCAGUGCUUCUGCGAUCCCAACCACAGUGGUAAGCACUGCGAGACGGAGGUAAACAUCCACCCACUGUGCCAGACAAAUCCCUGCCUAAACAAUGGAGCGUGCGUGGUGAAUGCCAUCACUGGAGCGCUUACCUGUGAGUGUCCCAAGGGAUAUGCGGGUGCCAGAUGCGAGGUGGAUACGGACGAAUGUGCAUCGCAGCCAUGUCAGAACAACGGAAGCUGCAUCGAUCGGAUCAAUGGAUUCAGUUGUGAUUGCAGUGGAACCGGCUACACAGGCGCCUUUUGUCAGACCAACGUGGAUGAAUGCGACAAGAAUCCGUGCCUGAAUGGUGGCAGAUGCUUCGAUACUUACGGUUGGUACACUUGCCAGUGCCUAGAUGGCUGGGGCGGUGAAAUUUGCGAUCGACCCAUGACCUGCCAAACGCAGCAGUGUUUAAAUGGAGGAAGCUGCCUGGACAAGCCUAUCGGAUUCCAGUGUCUCUGUCCUCCAGAGUACUCUGGUGAACUGUGCCAAAUUGCACCCAGUUGCGCCCAACAGUGUCCCAUCGAUUCGGAGUGCGUAGGCGGCAAGUGCGUGUGUAAGCCAGGCUCAUCGGGACCCAUUGGUCAUUGCCUGCCAACAACAACCACACCGACACCAGAACAAGAGCCAACAACAACAACGACAAGAACCACAGCAAUCCCUAUCCCAGCUAUUCCAAACACCCUAACAACAACCAAGAUACCGCCAAUAACAACAGCCAGAACCGAGGUGGCAACAACCACGGCUAGCAAAAAACCACAACAACAGCAACUGCAAUCACCGACCCAACGCUCGGCCUCCCUGAAUGCAUGUCCCCAAGAAAACUGCUUGAACGGUGGCACCUGCCUGGGCUAUAGUGGCAAUUAUACCUGUAUUUGUGCUAGUGGAUACACAGGUUACAACUGUCAAACGAGCACAGGCGAUGGAGCAGCUGCUUUGGCCCUGACCCCCAUCAAUUGUAAUGCUACCAAUGGCAAGUGCCUGAAUGGAGGCACCUGCUCCAUGAACGGAACCCAUUGUUAUUGUGCCGUGGGCUAUUCCGGAGAUCGUUGCGAGAAGGCCGAAAACUGUUCACCGCUCAACUGCCAAGAACCUAUGAUAUGCGUUCAGAAUCAGUGCAUCUGCCCGGAGAACAAGGUGUGCAACCAGUGUGCCACCCAACCCUGCCAGAAUGGAGGUGAAUGCGUGGAUCUACCGAAUGGAGAUUACGAAUGUAAAUGUACUCGAGGAUGGACUGGACGGACUUGUGGCAACGACGUGGAUGAGUGCACUCUGCAUCCGAAAAUAUGCGGCAAUGGUAUCUGCAAGAACGAAAAGGGAUCAUAUAAGUGUUAUUGCACACCCGGAUUUACGGGAGUACACUGCGACUCUGAUGUCGACGAGUGCCUCAGUUUUCCCUGCCUCAACGGAGCCACAUGCCAUAACAAGAUCAAUGCCUACGAAUGCGUUUGCCAACCAGGAUAUGAAGGCGAGAACUGCGAAGUAGACAUCGACGAGUGCGGUAGCAAUCCCUGCUCCAACGGAUCCACCUGCAUCGACAAAAUCAACAACUUCACCUGCAACUGUAUCCCAGGAAUGACGGGUCGAAUUUGCGACAUCGACAUAGACGACUGCGUGGGAGAUCCCUGCCUAAAUGGAGGUCAGUGCAUUGACCAGUUGGGUGGCUUCCGUUGUGACUGCAGUGACACCGGCUAUGAGGGCGAGAAUUGUGAACUGAAUAUCGACGAAUGUCUGUCAAACCCUUGCACGAAUGGUGCCAAGUGCGUAGAUAAGGUCAAGGAUUACUUCUGCGAUUGUCACAAGGGCUACAAGAGCAAAAACUGUGAGGAGGACAUCAACGAGUGCGAAAGCAAUCCCUGCCAGUACAACGGCACCUGCCUGGAAAGGUCCAACACAACGCUGUACCAACUUAGUCGGAUCACGGAUCUGCCCAAGGUGUUUAGCCAGCAGUUCAGCUUUGAGAAUGCCAGCGGUUACGAGUGCGUUUGUGUGCCUGGCAUCAUUGGAAAGAACUGUGAGAUCAAUAUAAAUGAGUGCGAUAGCAACCCCUGCAGCAAACACGGAAGCUGCAUCGAUGGCAUUGGUACCUACAUUUGUGAAUGCGAACCUGGCUUCGAGGGCACCCACUGCGAGAUCAACAUUGAUGAGUGCGAUCGCUUAAAUCCCUGCCAGAAAGGAACUUGUUAUGACCAGAUCGACGACUAUGACUGCGACUGUGAUGCCAACUAUGGAGGGAAAAACUGUUCCGUGCUUCUCAGAGGAUGUGACACAAAUCCAUGCUUAAAUGGUGGUGCCUGCUUACCAUACUUGAUCAACGAAGUAACUCAUCUAUACAACUGCACCUGUGAGAACGGCUUUCAGGGUGAUAAAUGCGAAAAGACCACCACACUGUCUAUGGUGGCCACCAGUUUGAUUUCAGUAACCACAGAACGCGAGGAGGGCUACGACAUUAAUCUGCAAUUUAGGACGACUUUACCAAACGGAGUUCUGGCCUUUGGAACAACCGGCGAAAAGAAUGAGCCAGUUAGCUAUAUUCUCGAACUGAUUAAUGGACGACUUAAUCUUCAUUCCUCGCUGCUGAAUAAGUGGGAGGGCGUGUUUAUCGGAUCGAAGCUAAACGACAGCAAUUGGCACAAGGUGUUUGUGGCCAUAAAUACUUCGCAUUUAGUACUUUCGGCAAACGAUGAGCAAGCCAUCUUCCCGGUGGGUUCUUACGAAACAGCCAACAACAGCCAGCCCUCAUUCCCGCGAACAUACCUCGGCGGUACCAUUCCCAAUCUGAAGUCCUAUUUACGCCACCUAACACACCAACCAUCGGCUUUUGUGGGCUGCAUGCAAGACAUAAUGGUCAAUGGCAAAUGGAUCUUCCCCGAUGAGCAAAAUGCGAAUGUCUCCUAUACCAAACUGGAAAAUGUACAGAGCGGAUGUCCCCGAACGGAGCAAUGUAAACCGAAUCCCUGUCAUUCGAAUGGCGAGUGCACGGAUCUUUGGCACACGUUUGCCUGUCACUGUCCCAGACCCUUCUUCGGACACACCUGCCAGCAUAAUAUGACGGCAGCCACGUUUGGCCACGAGAACACUACUCACUCGGCUGUUAUUGUUGAGACAACGGAUGUGGCUAGAAGAGCCAUUCGUUCUAUCCUAGACAUAUCCAUGUUUAUCCGAACACGUGAGCCAACUGGUCAGGUCUUUUACUUGGGCACCGAUCCACGAAAGGCGCCCACUAAAAAUAUUGGUGACUCGUAUGUGGCGGCCAAGCUGCAUGGUGGCGAACUGCUUGUGAAGAUGCAGUUCAGCGGCACUCCGGAAGCUUAUACUGUCGGUGGCCAGAAGUUGGACAACGGCUAUAACCACCUGAUCGAGGUGGUGCGCAACCAGACUCUCGUGCAGGUCAAGCUCAAUGGUACCGAGUACUUCCGCAAGACGCUGUCGACGACGGGUCUGCUGGACGCACAGGUGCUCUACUUGGGCGGACCUGCACCCACACGAGAAUCUCUAUUGGGAGCUACCACUGAACCGGGUCCGGUGCCAAUUCCUGGGGCAGGAGUCCCCAUCGAGGACACCACGGUGCCUAAGGAGGCGGACGACAGCAGGGACUACUUCAAGGGAAUCAUUCAGGACGUGAAGGUGAGCAACGGCUCACUUAACCUUAUUGUGGAAAUGUAUUCGCUGAAUGUGACGGACGUACAAGUAAAUGCCAGGCCAUUGGGCGCCGUCACCAUUGAUCGCGCCUCCGUAUUACCCGGUGAGGUGUCUGAUGAUCUAUGUCGAAAGAAUCCCUGUCGCCACAACGCCGAGUGUCGAAACACAUGGAACGACUACAGCUGCAAAUGCCCCAACGGCUACAAGGGCAAGGAUUGCCAGGAGAUAGAAUUCUGUCAACUGGUUAAAUGUCCUGGCCAGAGCGUUUGCCAAAAUCUAGACGAUGGCUACGAGUGUAUGACCAACACCACGUUCACGGGUCAGGAACGCUCUCCUCUGGCCUUUUUCUAUUUUGAAGAGCCACCAUCAGAGGAGAAUGUGGGUGAAGAUGCUCCCAAGCCACUCAAACCAGUCAUUGAUAUUGCCUUCCGAACACGUGCUGGUGGAACUCUGCUGUACAUCGACAAUGUGGAUGGAUUCUUCGAGAUUGGCGUGAACGGUGGACGAGUGACUAUCACCUGGAAGCUUAGUGCGCUUCAUUUCGGCGAGUCCGCUCGCUUCGAGAAGGAGAACACUGACGGAGAGUGGAGUCGAAUUUACUUGAGGGCACACAAUGGCAAGUUAGAGGGUGGCUGGAAAGGUUGGGAAUCGAUGGUGGAUCCAGCGCCAGCCUUCUCUACAGACAUUGACCAAGCAGCCAUCCAAUCUCUAAUCGCCUCCAGUACUCAGAUUUACUUGGGAGGCAUGCCAGAAUCUCGACAAGCACGAGGAUCCACUCUGUCUGCCCAACAGGGCUCUCAGUUCAAGGGCUGUGUAGGCGAGGCCAGGGUGGGUGAUCUCUUGCUGCCCUACUUUUCCAAUGCCGAGCUAUAUCCCCGCACCGUAAACGUUUCCGUUCACCUGAAAGCCCAAUUCCGAUUGAACACCACGCGUCCGGAGGAGGGCUGCAUUCUGUGUUUCCAGUCCGACUGCAAGAAUAGCGGUUUCUGUCAGGCUCCAUCCGAUGAGUACGCGUGUACUUGUCAAGCUGGAUUCGAGGGCGAUGAUUGCGGCACCGAUAUUGAUGAGUGUCUGAACACGGAGUGCAUGAACAAUGGCACCUGCAUUAACCAAGUGGCGGCUUUCUAUUGCCAAUGCCAGCCAGGAUUCGAAGGUCAGCACUGCGAGCAAAAUAUUGACGAGUGUGCGGAUCAGCCAUGCCACAACGGUGGAAACUGUACGGAUCUGAUCGCAGCGUAUUUGUGCGACUGUCCGGAGGACUAUACAGGCCCACAGUGCGAUGUGCUUAAACAGAUGACCUGUGAAAACGAGCCCUGCAGGAAUGGAUCCACCUGUCAGAAUGGAUUUAAUGCAUCCACUGGGAAUAACUUUACCUGCACCUGCGUGCCCGGUUUUGAGGGUCCACUAUGUGAUAUUCCCUUCUGUGAGCUAACGCCGUGCGAUAACGGUGGCCUUUGUUUAACCACUGGAGUGGCCCCCAUGUGCAAGUGCAGCCUGGGAUACACAGGUCGCUUGUGCGAACAGGACGUAAAUGAGUGUGAAUCGAAUCCCUGCCAGAACGGAGGACAGUGCAAAGAUCUCGUGGGCAGGUACGAGUGCGACUGCCAGGACACUGGAUUCGAGGGCGUUCGCUGCGAGAAUGACAUCGAUGAAUGCAGUGUGGAAGGCGACUACUGCGGAGGAUUGGGCCGUUGCUUUAACAAGCCCGGGUCCUUCCAGUGCAUCUGCCAAAAACCAUAUUGCGGGGCCUACUGCAACUUCACGGAUCCUUGCAACGCCACGGACCUCUGCUCCAACGGUGGUCGCUGCGUGGAAUCAUGUGGUGCCAAACCAGACUACUAUUGCGAAUGCCCAGAAGGAUUCACUGGCAAAAACUGCACAGCACCGAUCACGGCCAAGGAGGAUGGACCCUCGACGACAGACAUUGCCAUCAUAGUUAUUCCCGUGGUGGUGGUGCUACUGCUGAUCGCGGGAGCCCUACUAGGUACGUUCUUGGUUAUGGCCAGAAACAAACGGGCCACCAGGGGCACUUACAGCCCCAGCGCUCAGGAGUACUGCAACCCGAGGCUGGAAAUGGACAACGUGCUUAAGCCACCGCCGGAAGAGCGACUUAUUUAGUUUUGAGCGUGAGCGACGAUUAGCAAAGCAAACAAAAGAUAUUUUUAAAUCCGCCCAUAUACACCUAGCUGUAGGAGUAACGCAAUGUUUUGUACUAAGUUCGCCCCCUAGUUACGACUUACAUCUUAAGGUGCUCAAAGCAACAGCAGCAGCAGCCAGGCUUCCACCUCGACUCGCCCCGAUCCCCCCUGCCUACGCUUUAGUUAGUUAAUAAUGCCGUUGUCUAUUUAUUCUAGUAGUUUAUAUGACAGACGUACCCCCUAUAGUCGUUAUGUAGUUACGUUCCGAUAGUUUAGAUUCAGUAUUCGAUUUCUCGUAUAUGUAAUCCUAAAGCUGCGAACAAAGUUGAGCUCUGACACCGAAUUCCCCUUUACAUUCCCUUCAAACGUAUUGUAUGAGUAUUUUUGUAAAUAGGAUUGUUUGCCGACUCUUAAACUAAAUUAGCUGAGCUAAAAUCGAAAUCAAAAAACUGAAAAUCCUAUAUGCCUAUAUAUACGUGAGUAUAUAUAUCAGUAAAUGUGGCCUUAUAACAAAAAAAUAGUAACAAAAAGCAAUGACAACAAGAAAAAAAUAUGAGAAACUAUUGGUUAAGUAAAUCAAAUAAAAGACAUAUUUUGCUCUAGAAUUUCUAAGCGUAAACUUAAGAGACUGUACUAUAUAAUAAAUAUUAAAUAUUUCGACUUUUUCCAA